AUGGCGACCGCCGCCGGCAUUGGAGUAGGUGUGGCGAGACUCAGCAAAGCGUGCACUGAGUGUCACUCGCGCAAGGUCAAGUGCGAUGCGCCUAUUGUCGGGAUACCCUGCGGCCGAUGUGUCAGCAAGGGAUGCUCCGAGAGUUGCAAGUUGGUCUCUCGCCAGAUACGAAAGAGAGAAUCCUCGUCGAACCAUGCUUUAGUGGACUCUUCAACCUCUUCCAAUCCAAUCGUGCCGCCGUCUUCCAUCCGGCGCACCCACGGUUCCCAUUGUCUUGGUGAAUUUGGGAAGACGAGCUCGAUAGGUUCAGGCCGCGCGCCCGAAAAUAUACGAGACGUCUAUGCACUCCCGCAGGCCCAAGCAGAAUACAACGGAAGGAGUCAUUAUCUUAGUAUAUUGAAGACGGCGAUGAAUGGCAGUGAGACGGGUGAAAGUCCCGGGCUCGGGUCUACUGCCAACAGCUCCACCGAUAACACUCCACACUACCCAGAAAACACACAGGUCGGCAUGUCUGGUUUGGAUCCGGUGGAUCUAGAGUUUCUUACAGUCCUAACAAGUGCUACUCUCUACGUGCCGACUGAGCUCCUCACCUCGUGUGGAUACCCAAACGUCACAGACGCGCAGACGGCAUUUUUCAACAAGGCAUUGCUACUACACGACUUUCAAUGCGAGAAGAGUCAACUAUGCCUGCUUCAGGGAUCCCUCAUCCUAGGCACAACUGCCUUCUUCUACCCCAUCGACCGAGAUGUUCAGUACUGGUUCUUCAAUGCCGUCCGGCUUGCCACGAAAUUGGAACUCCAGAAGCUUGAUCAACUACGGAUUGCGGACACUCAGCUUCGCGGGCUAUAUAGGAGAAUUUGGUGGGUGAUCUACUGUCGAGACGUGCUACUGUCAUUCCUUGGCAUGCAAAGUAUGCCUCUGGUCAGCGACAAGAAGAAGCUGCCAGCGUUGCCAACGGCGGAAGAUUGGGAAGUUCAGAGUGACAACAUAAACACCCUGUUCCCUUCCACGGUAACUCGAAGGAAAUGGCUUGUUGGAAUAUCCGACCCAGAUCAGUUCAACGCUGAAACCAUGGCUCACGAGUUUCAUAAUUGGAGAAGUCAGCUUCGAGGAGCAAUCUACGCGGACCAUCACCUCACCGAUAGCCCCUACCUCACGGCCCUAAUCGCAGCCAGUUACAGGUUCGAGUGUAUCUUGUACAGGACUCUGAAGCUUCAUUGGAAGUCUAUUGAUGUUUCCCAGUACGACUGGGUACGAGGUCGACUUCGAUGCUCUAUGUUUGAGCUUGACACGCUUUUCGGCAGAGCGCUUGCAAAUGGCGAACUUAGGAGCCUGCCCAUGUCGUUGUGCGUCUCCCCAACAGAGAGUCCCAAAAUCGAGAAUAAACGACUAACGAUUGAGCCUGGAAGCAAUUCCAAUAUACCAAUAGCACUGGCCCUCCACAUAGAGACCGCCUUGGAUGCCACCGAGUCGAACGCAACCAAGUCCAUGUCGCUCAUCUACAUUCGUCAAGGAUUGCUCAUUCUCGAGCAGCUUCAGGACUCGCCAGUAAUGAAGAGGGUAUUGUCCAUCUUUGAGUGGGCAUUAACUCGAUUGGAUCUAAUCCCCGAGGUUUCUCAGGACAAGCAAGUCAGUGACGGUGUUCGUGCUGGCAGUGAGCAGGACGGGUCUGUGGACCAGGUGGGAGCCUCGACGGGUCAGGAAUUUGGAGAAAUGCUCGAUCAGAUGGAGCCGUGGUUUGGUGAUUUCCUCGGACUUGACUUCCUCGAUAACUUGAGGUCGGGCGGCGAUAGAGGAUAG